AUGGCCGACAAUACUCCCAAGGCACCAGGUGCGGGCUGGACUGAGCACGAAGUUCUCGUUUACAUACUCAGUGGAAUGGAGCACUCCAAGUUCAAGAUCGACUACAGCAACGCGCCUAUUCCAGUCGGCCGCAGCGCGGAUGGCAUCCGUCAGAAAAUCAACAAGCUGGUCUUAGCCCUCAAACCUGAAAUGGACGCUUUGAAAGGGGGACAGUCACUGCCGACGACCACCACCGCCAGCGAGAGCACUCCCAGGAAGAAAGCUACACCGCGCAAGCGCAAAGGCAAGGUCGAAGACGCAGACAAUGCCGGGGGAAGCCCUAAGAAGCGCGGACGCCCAAAGAAAAUUGUUACCCCGAAGGAUGAGGCUGAUGAUGAGGACAUCAAUGUCAAGGAAGAAGUCUAG